AUGAAUACCACACCGGAGCAGAUCCUCAACAUUGAGGAUGCACUGGUAUCGGAGGCCAACCCCGCACGCCUCAAUGGCCCCCUCGAUUACGAGCGCUGUGCGGGGCUUCACAACUACCUGGUUGCGUAUGGAUGGAUGGCCCGCCACGGACAAGAAACACCCAAUCUCGAUGAGUUAGCUAGUCAGCCAUCCAUUUUCGCAGACGAAGAUACGCAGGCUGUUCGCGAACGACUCCACCCGUCAGUGAAUUCCUUCCUGGAUUUGAUAUUCUCGCCUGAGCCAGGCUUCUUUUACUGGGUGAAUCAUAUUUCAAUGCAAUUGGUCGACGACAUCUUUCCAGAUGAGGAAAACGACCUAGACAACCUAGAACGAUUUGUUGUUAUUUACGGCACUCUGCACCGCGCUGCUUUCCCAAUGACCCUUGAAAAUCUGGAUAGCGUGGAGCCGAUCGAUGAGCAUGAGGAUAUGUGGUUUCCACUGGAAACGAUCCUUACAAACUGGAUUUAUAUGCUUCGAAUCGGUAAAAUCACAGCCGAUUCAUCAGAGGGGAAAGCGCCCGAAGAGCUGUCAAGGUCCCGAUCGCAAAUCGGGCUUUGGUCUUGGCUUCCAUAUUCUCCUAGCCAGAUCGAUAGUACUGUGGCUGCUAUAGAUCGCUACUCGGCAGCUAUCGAAGCUAGAAUGCCCUCCGGAUCACUUUUGCCUAUCUCUAGAGGUGCGCCGCUUUUCACAGAUGUAGAGCUCGAUGCGGCAUCUAUACCGGAGGAGUGCUUUAUUCGGUCGGUUCUGACGAGAAUAAAGACUCCCCGUUUCAAAGCUAUUGCACCCGGCUUGGAGGUUCCGCACGAUACCGUGGCUUUCACGGCUCGGCAGAGGUUUACAGGGGUACCACGCGAACAGGAGGAAUGGGGCAAGAAUAUCCCGCCCGUCCUACUUUUCGCAGCUGUAGAUAGCAGCCGCACAGUCAGCUUUGGAAAGGAGAUUCGAUGGCUUUUCCUUGGGCCAGAAGAUGACGUACCGUUCAACGAGAAUGAUCUUAUCCCUGUGGGUCUGUAUAUUGAGUCAGUACGCCGGUGCGAAUAUGAUACUGAGGAGGCGGGCUUCCGUCUACUACUACCGUUUCGAGCUCACAGUGAAGCGAGAAUGAGUGAUGGGACAUCAAUUUCGCCAAAUUCCGUAACACAGCUCUUUCAGCAUGGCAUUUUUCAUCCGUUUGGUGGUGAAAGGCGGGCUCAGAGAUUGGAGAGGCUGAUAGACCGGUGGAGAGAAUUAGUAGAGAGUGGUGUUUGGACGGUCGGAAGAGACGGUGUGGAGGGAACAAUUGAUAAAUUCUAUACUGAUAGUGCGAUCGAUUAUUGGAUUGCUCCUGACUGGUAA